AUGGGCCAGAGACACAAUCGACGCCGAACAAGACCUCGCUCUCGACGACGGAUGAACAACAACGCUCCCUCUCGGCCACCGGCCGCUCCCCAGGAUAGCUAUACACUGCCUGUGCAUACGCUGCCUCCGCCGCUCAGCUGCUCUCCAGCUGCUCGCUACCACUGCCAUGACCGUGUGCCCUCCGCCCAACUCUGGCAUAAUCGGUACAUGGCAUGGCAGGGUCGAAGCGGCAGCAUCAGCAGCACCUCCAGCACCGCCAGCAACAGCCCCUACAGCCAGCAAGACAGCGCCAAGUUAGAGGCAGAGCAGUGCCGGUUAUUCGGCGGCGAGCCUGGAGACGACGUGGCCCUGUGUUACCGCAUGUUGGAGUUUUUUGGCGGACUCGAUUUUAUCCAGUGA